UAAAUUUAGCUCGGGUAAUACAGACUGUUUGUACAGCAUUAAUAGUGUUCAAAUCUCAUCUCAGUUGCUUGGAGUUACUUAGUCUGGAGGCUGGGGACUGAUCGAGCUGUACCACUGCGAUGUUAGUUAACCUUUCCUCACAAUGGUCAAUUGGAAACCAAAUCCUGUCCGGAAUUGUUCUUGGUACCUUCGACAUUUUUGGACGGUCUAGUUAUGAAAUAACCCGGAGAGUCACCGGGGGGCUGUUAGCCAUAAAGAUUCCUGGAAACUACAAACCGGAAGACGUAGUUUGCACUGUAACAACAUCCGCACUACAUCAGCCAUAUACCAACGGACCCGUUCCUCGAAAUUUCAUACAAAUUCAUAUACGUCUGUCCGCACUACAUGCGUGUGUAUAGCCAGUCCCUUUAUGGACAAGCUCCUCUAAAUCGUGUAGGCUGCUGUGAAAUGAGGAACCAGUUUGAUGGAUUUGAUGCCACGACAAGGCCAUGAGGGGUUGUACCAGUCACAGACUAUCUCAGGAGUUCAUCAAUUAAGCUGUCGAGUUUCACUCGCUCACCGUGGACCCCUCUGUGGAGCCCCCGUGCCUAGUUAGCACGGAACUGCCCAUAAUUAUUGACCAGAAGCAGGGUUCUCUAUCCUCUCCGGGAUACCGGGAUUUCUGUGGGAGGUUUAUAGGUACAGCUGUGCCCAGGAAGAUUUGUCUGUACAUCAGACCCUGCAAUGACCAACAUCUGGCAGCUUUACCUCAUUACAGGCGUGCUGCUUGUGUUUGGAUUGGGAAGCCCCUCUACCGGAGCUGUAGACGACGAAUCGUGUAAACGAAUUGAAGAAGGAGCCACUCGACAUUGCCAUAAAAAGUGUUCUUCCGACUCGGACUGCGUCAGCACGAAGAAAAAGUGCCUUUGUGAUGGCGAGUGUGGAAAGACAUGCAUUAACCCAAAUCAGCGGUGCCGUGGGCUUAACACGAAUAUUGACAAUGGUCGUGUUGAUAUUAUACCGUUCAAUAAAUUCGGAGCCCUGGCUACCUACAAGUGCAACGACGGCUACAACGUGCAGGGGAAGUCGCAUAGGGUGUGUCAGGGGGACGGAACGUGGAGAGGGGAGGAGCCUCGCUGUGUGCUCAAUACCAAUAUAAAGGAUCAGGAAUGUCAUAAACCACCUUUCGUCCACCACGCCCAGCACACGGGCGGGGCAAAGGAUCGCUUUCCCUUGGGGACCAUGCUCAAGUACCACUGCAUGGAGGACUUCUCCGCCCCAGUCGGGAGCAUCGAUACUGCUUGGUGCGUCGGUGGUGGCGUGUGGGUCGGGCCAAAUAUGACAUGCGCACACGCAGGCUGUCCGUUGCUGAAGGGAAUACCAUUCGGAGCCGUGGAGAUAGUUCCGCCAAAUAUGAUUGGUUCUAAGGCCCGGUACUCGUGUGUACCCGGCUACAGCCUGGCGGGACGUCUCGAGCGCAUCUGUUUACCGGAUGGGACCUGGGACGGCGAGCCCCCCACAUGCGAGAAAAUCGCCUGUGGACUUCCUCCGGAGUUUCCGCACGCUACCCACAAUGCCCUGCGCGGCCAGACAAGUUUUCCGGCGGGUCACACCGUGGAGUAUGACUGUGAGUAUGGGUUUUACAAGGAGGGAUUCCCUAAAGCAAUGUGCAGUGAGGAAGGAGAAUGGAUAGGCCCUCGUCUUACGUGUUCAGAGGUUCAUGUUUCAGCUCGGAGUUGCGGGUACCCGGGGGACGUCCUGAACGGCUGGAGAGAGGGAUAUAUCUACAGUUACUCUAACAGAGUCACCUACCACUGUAAUCAGGGGUACGAACUGCUCGGUAGUCCCCACAGGGUGUGCUCGGCUAGCGGUGAAUGGUCUGGGUCUAUCCCUAUCUGUCAACCUGUCUCCUGUGGUCCCUUGAGGGUUCCUGACUACGGAACGAUUUCUCCAAUGGGAGCAAAGUUUACAUACGGAUCGGAAGUUACUGUGACGUGCAUGGAAAGCUUCAGAGUGAUUGGCUCUUCAAAACGGCGGUGCCAGGCAGAUGGAACAUGGAGUGGGAUAGAGCCUGUGUGUAAAGAGAUUAAUUGUGGACGUCCGCCGCCGCUAUGGAAUGGCUACCUGGAUGGUCACAAGACAGAUGUCGGCUCCGUGUUCUUCUUCAGGUGUAAUGUACGAACAGUAUUCGACGGUCCGUCAUUCUCAACCCAGUGUCAGGAGAACGGGGAGUGGUCCCACCCUCUGCCCACAUGCUGGGGUCAGUGUCAAGUACCAGCCAUAGCUAAUGGAACUGUCGUGAAGGGGCGAGAGGCAGUGUGGGUGGACCACACCACCGAGAUAAAGUUCGAAUGUCAUCAUGGACUCGUCUUGAAUGAUACGUCACCAGUAAGGUGCAAUAACGGUACAUGGACGUUGAUCCCCCGCUGCCGACCAUCACCCUGUGUACAUCCACCACCCAGAGUUGCUAACGGGAGACGGGUGUUUUUUGGCCAGGAACACGGGGAUCGGGCGCGCUACAGCUGCCUGGUGGGUCAUCAGCUCACAGGCCGAUUCCUCAGGUGCCACUACGGCAAGUGGGUGGGUCAGAAACCAAGCUGUACAGAAGCUUAUUGCCCAAACCCUGGAACAUUACCUAACGGACAAAUUUACAAAAAAGGCUCUAUAGGAAGAUUUAAGUUUGAAAAAUACAUCACCACUAUUCGCCACGGCCACAAGUUGGAAUACGAAUGCAAGAGAGGAUAUAAGAGAGUUGGCCCCAGCGGUUCUACCUGCGUGAACUCUGAGUGGAGUCCGAAAGAGAAGCCUCUUUGUGUGCUGGAGACUUUUCAUGCGUGCAUCUCCGAGGCCUCACAGGUAAGAGGCGCCGCAUUCAUGGGGAAUAACUCUUACAUGCUGUUCUUUGACAGCACUAUGCAGAUGUUUAAGCUUACUGACCAAGUCCUGUAUGCCGUGGAAUGUCCGAUAAAACUGACUGACUACUUCCUGAACUGGCCUGGACCACCGCAAGCCGUUUUUCGCUCAGAUGCUCUUUUGGCUACCGGACCAUUUUAUGUUGUGCAUGACAACAAAGUACACCAGUACGUGAGUACAGGUACACAAGCCUUUCCGUCUAUGUUCUCCCCAUGGCCUCUACACAUCUUCGAUUUCUUCAACGUCAGCAUUUCCGGUAACGUCACAGCUGUGUUUACCACUGGGGACAGAUUUUACGCAUGUACUGAUGACGGUAUUUACGUCUCGAAAUACGAAAGCUUCGUAAAACUAUUGCCUGUUUCAGGCAUCCCAGAGUUCAGCUUAUCUGACGUCACGGCCGUUGCUACAGAGACGGGAUUGGAUUCAUUGUUGAUUUUUAUUGACAACACUUACUACCUGUUUGAUUUCACAGGUAACACAGUGUACGGUAGAGGCAAAGUCUGUACAAAUCUAUAGGCGAUGCUCAGGUUACGGACAUGCAUAAAAAUGACAAACUGUUGUUACCGGUAUACCGAAUGACAUCUGAGAUUUACCACACACACGUGCCGUAUAAAUGUUGUAGUAAUCAACUUAAACUAAUUAUUACCGAACCUUCGUUAAAAUGUUUGCUCAAUUCUGUAUAUCUUCAUUUGGCUCCCACCUAACGACAUUGAAGUAAAUAAAGUGUGUAUUUUUACAGAAACUUUUGCUGACAGUUUGGGCUACCCUGUGUGUUGUGUAUACAAAUUUACGACCCCUUUUGACUGUAAAUAUAGUACAUGUAGUUUGGCUACCCUGUAUGUUGUGUAUUACAAAUUUACACUCCCUUUUGACUGUAAAUAAAGUACGUGCAGCCUGGGCAACCCUGUAAUUUUUGUUUUCAAAUUGACGCCCCUGUUCAAUAACCUGUCCAAUAA